AUGGAAAAUAAGAUUGCUAGGUUGGCUCCUGAGUUAGGGUGUUCUGUAGGUGGGUGGCCUCUUAAGUACUUAGGUCUUCCAUUGAUGACUUUAAUCGACGAUGGUUGUGGCAAUUGUCUUGUUCAGCAUCAAGAUCAAGGAGCAGCAAAUCAACGGGAAGGAGCAGCAGGCAGUCGCAGUCUCAAUCUCCAUGGGCUCAAGAAGUCACAAAGCCACUAUUGUGAUUCUCUAGGGUUUGGGUUGGAACUGGUAGUGAGUGUUGUGGUGAUGGAGAUAGGUUGUAGUUGA